GUUUUGCUGCCCCGGUCCUGGCGCGCGCUUCAGUUCCUGUUUGAGAUUAAUUCCCUUUUCUUGCAGUCACCAUGACAACGAGGGGCAAGGACAAGGGGUGCCGUGUGUGCGGAGGGUCUCUACAGGGUAAUCAGCGUCGAUGGCUGUUUGGUGGUCAGAACAAGAGGGGGAGUCAGCCACAGACCCCUUCUGGUUCCCUCUGUAAAGGAAGUCUUGCCAGUUCCACCCGGAGCAGCCCCUGGGGUAGUACUCUCUCUCUGGGAUCCUCUCACUCCCUGCCCUCCCCCUCUAGAGGAAUGGACCUGCUCUCUGUGCUGACACACAUAUUAGGGCAGCCUGUACCAAGAGGCAAUGGACGGGGGGAGUUUUUGUGUGGGAAAUGUGUAUCAGUUCUUGAGCGGGUUUUUAAGUUUGACACUGUUAUUGCUAGAGUCAAAGUCUUAUCUACUGAGAGGCUGCAGAAACUGAGUCAGGAGAGAAACAAGAUCAGGCAGUGGGUGUGUGGUGUAUACAGGCAGUGCAACCCUCAGGAUUGGAGGUUCAGAGGGAGCUCCAGUGAUGAAGAGAAUGAAGAGGGAGAAGGGACAGAAAGAGAGAGAGGAAUAGGGGAAGACUAUAGAGAAAUGCUGAAGAAGAAUAUGGCUCUGUCUGAGUUUGAAUGCUGGUCAGAAAAAUGGGAUCUCUGCCCUUAUUUCAGGAGAACGGGUAAAAGAUGCAGGAAAGGCAAAAACUGUGAGGGGUGCGACUCUCUGAGGGUGUCUGACUCGGACUAUGAGUCCGUUUGUGGACUUCCCCGUCGAAUGCCCGUUACAUUUUCCCCAUUGGCCCUCUCUCGUGACAAGUCUCGUAGCAUGCCACUGCAGUGGUCAAGAGUACCAUCAGUCAGCUCCAGUCCUGCAUCCCUGGGCGGCUCCUGCCUAUCCUUACGAGGGCCUUCUCACACAGACUCCAUCCAGUCACUGGACUCACUGGAUGGGAAUGACCCUUUUGAUUGGCCCGAGGAGCCAUCCGUCAACUUUGGGAACAUUCUGAGAGAGUUAAAAGAUAUUGAGGCAAGGCCAGUCAACUCUCCAGUCGGGAGUCGAAUUCCAGUUUUGGACAGGCAGAAGAAAGGAUUUGGGGGAGGUACAGGAACGUCAGAGACAGAGGUCACCAGGACGCUGAGUUUUGGAGAGCGAGAUGAUGUGGAAGAAGAAGUGGAUGGGGAGACCAAAGAUGUGUUGACAGAAUUGCAUGAUGAGUUUAUUCCCCUACACAGACAGAGCAGUACAGGUCAAAUGUCCUUUGCAGUCAGGCAGCUGAGAGGUCAGCUAGAUAAAGCUCUUGCACGUAUCAAGACCUUAGAGGCACAACUCAAGAAUGGAAACACGCAUACAGGCUGUGAUGCCUGUAACUCAAAGUCCCCACAGGUAGACAGUGAGAAAGUGCUGCUCCAGACCAUGGGGGACAUGCUACACUGCAGAGAGAGGGUCAUACAGGACUGUAUAGCUUGGAUCAGACAGCUGUGCUCAGAAUCAGAGGUGGACAACAAACUGAUUGACAAACUGACAGAUGCAAUUAAAAGUGUGCACACAGAUGCUGAGCGAGUCCUGGAGUCCCAGCUGUCAGAGCUGAGAGAGAGGGAACGAGGGAUGGAGAGAGAAAUAGAGGCUCUCAAACAGGCCGCCAAGGAGAGGGAGAGAGAUCUGAGCACACUGAACACAGUGCUGCAGUGUAACCAGGACAUCAUCAACGACCUGCGGGUGGAGCUGGGAGAACGAGAGCGAGCUCUGAGGGAGGGACGGCGAGAGAGGGAGGUGUGGAGAGAGCGAGACCAGGCCAUGGCGGCCGUGCUGCAGGAAAAGGAGGCCCUCACUCUCUGCCUGCGGGAGGCGCUGGAGAGCUGCCAGAGGGACGUUCAGGCUCUUUCAGACUCUGUGAUCAGCCAAGGGGUAUCCGAUAGUGGGGCUGAGGGUGCCCUGGCCUGUCAGCUCAAGGAGAAGGAGACCUUGCUGUCAGGUUGGCUGAAGGACAGAGAGGAGCACAGCACCUCCCUGCUGCAGGAGAUCACACGACUCACUGCAGCCCUGAAGGAAACUGAGACCCUGAUGCAGGCUCAGAGGGAUAGCCACAGUGAGACAGUGUCCACACUGUCCGAGCAGCUCAGGAACACUCAAAAGGAGCUGCGGGACAGAGAGAAAGAGACCAAGGAGAGCGAGAGAAAGCAGCACAACGAGCGAGAAGAGAGAGACAGGGAAGAGAGGAAACUCAGAGAGAGCCUGGAGAAGAGAGAUCAGCUCAUACAGCAAGUCCUUUCAGACUUAGAGCAGCGAGAUGGACUGUUUACAGAACUGCAGCAGAGUGUCUUGGCUAAGGUGGAGACACGAACUGCGCUCAAACACACGCUGUGA